UACAAACCUUUCCCAUUAUUUAUUUAUAUAUUUUGAAAUAGUUUUUCUUGUUUGGCUAUAUUAUUGUUAUUGUUUUUAUUGGAAUGGAAGUCAUUUGUUGUACUUUGUAAAACAUCUCCGAUGAAAAAUCCACGAUUUUAAUACACCGGAAUUAUAGUUCUUUACUGAAUACAAUGGCAAUGGUCAGUUCCGAUAGAGUUAGAGUAUGUAGACUGUGUCUUGUAGUAGACGUACGGAUGACGGGAAUUGAUUCAACUAUGGAAAAUAGUAUGAAAGCCUUGUUAGGAAAAGACAUUACCUCCACAGAUAGCCUGCCACGACAUUUGUGUUUUGAAUGUGCUGCGUAUGUUAGAAAAUUCCAGAAGUUCAGAGAUAAAUGUUUGAUAGCUCAGUCCAUUCUCUGUACAUUAUUGAAAAGUAACAAAAAUAUAACAGACCAAGAAAUAAGAGCCAUUGACAGAAAAAUGUUGAAGUUGGAAUCUCAGUUGUCACACAUGAACAUACCAGUAGAGGAGUCACACACGGAAAUGCUGACAAUAAAAAUUGAACCAUACAGUCCAGACAUGUCCGUAAAAGAGAAUGAUAGAAUGAUGGCCGAAGAAGACACCGCUGGUGAUCAUAGUGAAGCACUUUUGAGGAGUCAGGAUGUUGAUGAUUUCUCACUGAAAUCAGUUAAUAAUAAAAAACGUAAACGUCCUCCAAGAAAGAGAAAAAGUAAUAAAGUUGAAAAUUUGGGUGAAAAGAAUAUAAUUACAGACAAUGUUUUACCUAUAGAGCAGUGUGAUCAUAGCGCUAUGUUGGAAGGCUACCCCGUUGCAAAUAUAACAAUGCAACCAUUAAAUGAGAACACAAAAGGCGUAACAAAUAAACAACAAACUGCCCUGUCAAGAGCUCAAGAAAAAGCGAAAGCCCGAAAGCGUAAGUUUCUAGACAAAAUGACGCCCGAACAGAAAGCUUUGAAGAAAAAGAAGGAUCUACAAUACUAUCAUAAAAAAAAGGCAGAAAAAAAGAAGCAUAUCUCAGAAUUACCGGAAAACCAACGUGUAAAACUCAGAGAGCUGUGGAGAAUUAACUCCAAGAAAUACAGGGAAAGGAAGAAGAAAGUAGAAGUGGAAGUGAUUAUCCCUGACAUUAAGACAGAGUUCCCACCUCCAGUAAUUACGGACAUAGAAACUCCAGAAAUGAAUCAGGAAAUACAUAUUACGGCAAUUAAAACAGAGACCGAAUAUCCAGUACUAGUAAGGCCAAUUGAGAUUCCACAAAUUAAAAAGGAGUUCAUAGUAAUUCCAGAAAUAAAGAAAGAGGUUGAGUUUUCUGAUUAAUUCCAAUGAAAGGCCUACAAUGUUACUAGCCUUGUAAUUUUAUUUUAAAGUCUGACCUAAAUUUAAGAUGGUGCACAAUUCAGAAACUAAAGCGCAGAUAAGACAUC